CUCUGUAUAAAACUCUGAAUGUCUGCAGAAUAGUCUGUCGGUCUCUGUCUCUCUGUCCCGUCUGUCUCCUGUGUCUGGUGGUACCACACACCUUCAUACAGCCAUGUCAGAUGUAGAAGAGGAAUACGAGGAGCAGGAGGCCGAAGAGGAGCCCGAGCCUGAGGAGCACGAGGAGACCGAGCAUGCAGAGGAGGAUGGAGGAGAGCAGCAUGAAUAUCAAGAUCAAGACACCUACGAGGAAGAUCAAGACGCCCACGAGGAAGAUCAAGACGUCCAGGAGGAAGAGGAGGAACGCCCCAAACCCAAACCUCUGGUGCCUCAACUGGCCCCUCCAAAGAUUCCUGAGGGAGAGAGGGUGGAUUUUGAUGACAUCCACAGGAAGCGUAUGGAGAAGGACUUACUGGAGCUGCACACUCUGAUCGACGUCCACUUCGAACAGAGGAAGAAGGAUGAGGAAGAACUCAUCGGCCUCAAGGACCGAAUUGAACGUCGCCGGUCAGAGAGAGCUGAGAUCCAGAGGGUUCGAGCAGAGAAGGAGAAGGACAGACAAAACAGGAUUGCGGAGGAGCGUCACAGGAAAGAGGAGGAAGAAGCCAAGAGGAAGGCCGAUGACGACCUCAAGAAGAAGAAAGUGCUGUCCGGCAUGGGAGCGAACUUUGGAGGCUUCCUGGCGAAGGCUGAGUCGAGGAAGGGCAAGCGUCUGACAGGCAGAGAGAUCAAGAAGAAGACUCUGGCGGAGAGGCGGGAGCCGCUGGGCAUCGACAAUAUGAGGGAGGAUUCUCUCAAGCAACGGGCUCAGGAGAUGUGGAACUGGAUCUACCAGCUGGAGUCUGAGAAAUUCGACUUUAUGGAGCACAUGAAGCACCAGAAAUAUGAGAUCAUCGUGCUGCUGAACAGAAUCCAACACGCUCAGAAAUUUAAAAAGGGCCAUGGCAAAGGGAAGGUGGGAGGUCGCUGGAAGUAAAUAAAGCAGGAAUCACAUUGAUAACAAAACGUGAAGGCAGAAUAUGAACAGAGGAAACACAUAUUUCCUCUGUGUGUGACAGAUACUGAUUGUUUCUUAAAAAGAUGGAUUAAUAAUAAAACACCAUGCACUCAG